AUGUGUCCCAGAGUGGCUGCUAGCUGCACACAUACGGUAUUUCUAACCGUUCUGCUUUCUGAUCAUCUGUGGUUCUGCGCCGAGGCCAAACUGACAAGGACCCGAGACAAGUUAGCUUCAGUGGACAUGAGCGCAAACCACAGACCCGACCUCCCUUCUACACACAGCCGCCUCAGAAGAAAUGAAGAUGCUAUUUUUGUAGUCAAUUCUACCAAACCUUUGUGGCAACUAGAAACUUGCCAGCCGGAUGGUUUGUCUGAAAACUGCUUCACUUUUGUCGACGCUGACCACUUGUGCAGGGGCCUUUCGCAAACGGAGGGGACGCGGUGGAUGAACAUAAGCGAUUUGUACCUUUCCUUUUGUAAUUCGUACUCUCUUAUGGAUUUGCUUUACGGAUCGUUAAGUCCGGACAAUUUGAACUGCAGCCUUAAUGUGAUCGUGGACGGCGACCUAAACAGGUGCAGUCUGUGCGUUCAGGCGUACCAGCGUUAUGACCUGCACGCGCUGGAGAAAUAUGAGGAAUUUGAGAUGAUGGCAGACAAAUACGAGACGGAUGUGUACUCAGUAAGGACGUGCAUGGAAGAAUGCAAGACUGUCUACAAGCCCUGGCUCUGCGCUCAGUAUUUCCAGAGUCCUCAGUCAGGCUGCAGUCAUAAGAUUCCCUGUGAACAGUACUGUCUUGAGGUCCAGCAGAGGUGUCCGUUCAUAUUGCCUGACAAUGAUGACCUUAUACAUGGUGGAACUCCCAGUUUUAUAUGUGCAGGGUUAAAACCAGACAUCAACCAGGAGCCAGAGUGCUGUGAUGUGCGGUGGGACCAGAAGUCCAACAACCGCUCCCGUAGCACCUUAAAAAGAACUCACCCUUCCUGCCAGCACACAUCCGUGACCUCCUCGGGGGCUCCACGGCUCGGGCAGGGCCGGCUGAAACUUUGCUUGCUGGUCUUAGUUCUUCUCCACACUGUGGCUACCAUGACGGCCAAUCAGAACUCGACCUGCCUGACCGCCAUCUUUCCACUGGACGACAACGCCCCCAGAGAAGAGUGACUGGACGAUGCUGGACUGGACAACUCUAGCGUAUCCGCUUGCUCCAACACAUCUCGCUUUGGGCUUGUCAGUAAAGAAGCCCCGCACUCAGAGAGAAGUUAAGUGUACCGGCUCUUAAGUGAGGCUAACAGUCUCAACCAGAGAACACUUAACCACACUUGUCAUCAGCACCUUGUGGGGUUUGGGGAAAACAGCGAACAGGACACGGGACAAAAGAUAAGCAUAAUAUGAAGAGUCAGAACAUGCCCCCACAGUGACUCCUCACUCUCUUCUGGAACACACAUUGUGACACACACACACACACACACACGCACGCACGCACGCACGCACACACAAAAUGUCAUUUCACUUUGCACUAGGAGAUUAUCUAACUUUUCCCUUUUAUUUUCAGCUGUUAUUUUCACUUCAAGAUGGUUUUGACUUCUGUUCAGUGGUUUCAGAGCAACCUGGAAAGUGACUUGAGUGUCCAUGGUCCUGUCAAAUUCUCUCUUUAUAUGUUGCGUGCCAGUAUUU